UUGCAGGUUAGAAUUUAGUGCUCGAAUUGAUGAAGAUUCUGAUUGGAAAGAAGAAGAAGAAUUUCAUGAAACAAAUUUACCUGCAAUAUGCUUAGUGUUUUAUGGUUACUUUCAUGAGGCAAAGAUACAAGCUUCCAGUCGUGACAAAUGGUUAUUAGUGCAUGUGCAACAAAGAGAGCAGUUUAACUCGCAUCUGCUAAAGAGAGAGCCAUGGUCAAAUGCCACCGUUCAAGAGCAAUUAAGUUCACAUUUUGUAUUUUGGGAGACUUAUCACAAAGACAUAGAGGGACAAAAAAUAUGUUGUUUUUACAAGGUGGAGACAUUGCCUGCAAUUAUGGUCAUUGAUCCCAUAACAGGUGCAAAAAUGUAUGUUUGUCAUGAAAUGAAACAACCAGAGAACUUAUUAGAGGAUUUGAUGAGGUUUUAUGAUAGAAGUCCAAAACAACAUGUUGCUGAGAGCAUACGAAGAAAAGAUGAUAAUGCUUCAUCUGACCAAAUAGUAGAAAAUGAAGUAGCACAACCUAAGGAAACCAGUCCUGCAGUGAUAACAAAACCAAGUUAUCUCCCUCUUCCUGAAGAGCCUCCAGACGGAAAGCUCAUUUGUCGAGUAGGAAUAUGCUUUCCUAACAGCCAAAGAGUGCGGAGGAGCUUCCUUAAAACUGAUCCAACAAAGUUGUUAUGGUCUUUCUGUUCAACUUUGCUGGAGGAAGAAGAAUCUCAGAGUUUCCAUUUCAUAGUUCCCAACUCUCCCAAUUUAUUUUAUGAUAAUGAUGCAACCUUUGAGGAGGCUGCUUUAUCUAACACCCUUUUAAGACUUAGCCUGGAUAGAGUUAAUUAGCUAAAUGUUAUUAGCAUUUAGUUUUUAAACUUUUUUGAAAGAGUUUAUAGUUUGUACGUCAUUUAGAGGACAAAAGAUGAAUGACAAUGCAUUACAUAGUUAAUUAUUUACAAUUGAUAUUUAUUUUUUAAAUUUUUAAG